GUUUGUUUAGUUUUAAUGUACGGUAAGGAACGGGCAUACAGGUACAACUCAUGACCGGAUGUAGUUUGGCAAAAACAUGGCCGAAGCAGAAGCAGAAGAUUUGUCGCCCGAACAAACGGAGAAGUUAAUCCAGUUUCAGGAUUUAACAGGGAUAGAAGAAAUAGACAGAUGUCGGCAAACAUUGGAAAGGCAUAACUGGGACAUUGAGGUGGCAGUGCAAGACACAUUUAAUGAACAAGAAGGUCGACAGUCAGUCUUUGAUGAGCCGCCGCCAGAGCCACGAGCCCCUCCCAUGAACCUUGAACCCACAGAUCAAAGGGUGUUUACAGUGCAGCCACGACAACCCCAGGGAAUUGUACAGUGGGGAUACUAUAUAAUAACUCUCCCAUUUAGAUUCUUAUACACCACAUUGUUAGAUAUUAUUAGGUUUGCUUUUCAAAUUUUACGGCCAGAUCCUAGAAGAAAUGUAACAGAUCCUUUAGGUGAUGUAGUACGGUUUAUACAAACGUACAACGAGAGAUACGGAGAAAACCAUCCUGUGUUCUACCAAGGAUCUUAUAGUCAGGCUUUAAAUGAUGCAAAGACAGAGUUACGGUUCCUGCUGGUAUAUCUGCAUGGCAUGGACCAUCAGGACUCUGAGAGCUUCUGUAGAAAUACAUUGGGCAGUCAAACUGUUAUUAACUUUAUUAAUACCUCUAUGUUAUUUUGGGCCUGUGACACUAAUAGUCCAGAAGGAUACAGAGUGAGUCAAGCAUUAAGGGAAAAUACAUACCCAUUUCUAGCAUUAAUUGUUUUACGUCAAAACAGAAUGACAGUUGUAGCCAGAAUAGAGGGACCAAUAGAGAGUGAGCAGUUAAUGCAAAGGCUAGAGGCAAUAAUGGGAGAUAACGAGGCAUCGUUAGUGGCAGCAAGAGCAGAUAGGGAGGAGAGAAGUUUUAACCAGUCACUGAGGCAGCAACAAGAUGAGGCCUAUCUUGAGUCACUUAGACAAGAUCAGGAAAAGGAAAGAAGGAAGAGAGAAGAAAAGGAGCUAAUUAAAGCAGAGGAGGCAAGGAAAAGACAACAAAAGGAAGACCAUGAACAGAUGUUACAGGAAAGAGAAAAUCGAAAGGAUCAACUAAGGAAUGAAAUUCCUCCUGAACCAGAGAGUGGGCAUCCUGAGUCAGUACGAGUUGUGUUAAAACUUCCUCAUGGUACCAGAAUAGAGAGAAGGUUCCUUAAAUCUCAGUCAUUAAAAUACCUGUAUUACUUCACAUUCUGCCAUGUUGAUUGUCCGGACGAUUUUCACAUAGUUACAAACUUUCCGAGAAAGACGUUACCUUGUGAACCAACUGACGCUUGCCCAGAUCCUAUAACAUUUGAGGAAGCAGGACUAGGGAAGAAUGAAAUGUUGUUUGUGCAGGAUAAUGAAGCAUAAAUAAGCUUGUAUAAUUCUGUGAUAAAUAGAGAAUCAUGGAUCAUAAUUGAAAAAGCGGAAUGCUUUUGAAGUACCAGUGUCAAAUGAAUGAUACAGGAAACAAUGGAGCUGAAAUGUGCAAUUUUUGCAUCAAGUUUAGUCAAGUUCUUAUGUGCAUGAGCUCAAGGAUAUUGAUUAAGUGUAAUAAAUGUUUACUGAAAGGUUUGAUAGUUUGGCAUAGAGUCUGCCAGGGACAUAGAUUCAUACUGGAUUUGGUGCAAUUAUAAGUCUGUAUAAAGAACAUAGUUUAACCAGUUAAACGUAUGCAUACAUAUUUAUUUUGAUAAGUUACAUCAUGGUAUAAUAGAUUUUGUAAUAUUACUGAAAGUUUUUUUACUCACUACAUUUGUUAAGACAACACAGUACUUUCAAAUGGGCAUUUAUAAUAUCACCAGCUGAUUUCAUUUCCAUAUCAUUCACAAAUAUGUUUCAUUUGCAAUGUCCAGUUUGCUGCGGCUCGUCCUUCAGUUCCAAAUUCUCUUUCUUUCAAGAGGAAAUAAAUGGGACUUCCAUAUGGUUUCCAGUCAAGGGUAGAUGAAUGUAAAGAAGGUAGUUUUUGAAUAGGCCAUUGUUAUUGACCAUUAGGCUAUUGUUGUUUUUUCUUAAGACACCGCAGUCUGUGUACACACUCUUGUUACAGUCAAACUAUUUUUUAUUUGAUUUAUCAUACGUUUUGUUUUUCAGCAUUUAUACCAGUUAUGUAAUUUAAUAACAAGGAUCAGUAAAGUUACAAAAUUUAGGAAGAAAUGACCUCUAUACAUUCAUUUAUGGAGAAUUUUAGGGAUGAGAGAGAGAUCUUACAAACUGUAAGUGUAACCAUGCUGUAAAUGUUAGACAUUUUCUUAAAAUUAACAGAAAUUGCAAAAUAAUGGAAUGGCAGGCAACUGCAGCAUUCGGCUUCAUUAUUACAUUACCGUUAGUGCUCAAUAUAUUUACCAAUUAUAACUUUUAAGCAUCUUGUUAAUUGAACUUAAUAUUUUGACCAUAGAUGAAACACUACAGUGAUCUCCUUAUUGAUUGCUGCUUUUAACAGGUUUAAAACAGAUACUACACUGUGAUAAAUGGUUGUCUAAUUUAAUUAUGUAUCCAAGCAAACUGUCACUAUUGCAUAACAUAAGCACCUUCUGUGUUCACGUUUAUAAAAUGGGUGUUAUUGGUUCAAAAGUGACAACAGAUGAAAUCGGUAGUCAACAUUAAUUUGUUUUAGAAUCGUGUUAUCUCAUUUGAUAGCAUGGGUUUAAAUGAUGAUAUAUGAUCCAAGUUCAAAUUAGAUACAUUGAUUCACAAACACGGCAACAAAGUCUUGUGUGCAAAUAGAGCAAAGUUCAAGCUGCCAGUGUUGACUAUUAACAUCCAAAUCACCUUCCCCUCCCCCCCUCCCCCAUCCCGCCCCUUAGGCGGAUCCUUGAAUACUAGUCAGAUUUGAGGGUAGAUUUUAAAUUGUGAAAUAGAAAUUUUUAGAUCAUUCCUUAAAGCAGUUCUUUUGCUAGAAAUCUUUGUGUACACAAUAAUGAAGUACUUGAAUGUAUAUUUUUCAAAAGAUUUAUAUAUCAAAUGAUCAUAUCACAUUAUUGACAUUAAGCUUGAUAUCAGUGUCAAAAUAUGAAAUCUUAAGAAACAAAUAGGUAAAAUAUAGUCUUGAAAACAUUCUUUCUUUAAAGUUAAGAGAAUUUUAAAAUGCUGCAAAACCAAUUUAAUCCUUGUUUUGUGACAGAUAUUUCAUUUGUCAGGGACUUUUUUUUUUCUU